UCACUAACUUCACACUUUAACUUCUGUCAAAAUUUUACACAACAUCGAUUUAAAUUUCAAGUUUUAAUAAAAAACCUUCUAAAAAGCAAAAUAAACGCACAAACGCAUCGAAAAUGAAUUAAAAACCAAUUCCUUUAAAUCAAGUACGAUUUGUCCUUUUAUAAUGUGCGAAAAUGGUUCAGAUUUCACCGAUACAGUUGAUCCGAGAGUGCAGGUAGAACUAGAAAGAUUAAAUAAUGCCACAGAUGAAAUCAACAAGCUCGAAGUGGAACUGGACGAAUGCAGAACUAAUUUUAAGCUUCUCCUUUGCGAAAGCACCGUUAAAAUAGAUGCUGUACGUUUGAAACUAGGCAUGUGCGUUGAACGAGCCAGACCCUAUUACGAGUCCAGAUUUUACGCCAAUGAGGCAUUUAAACAGUCGCAGCUGGCUGCUGGCAAAUUCGAAAAGGCCAAUAGCGCGCACAGCGCGGCUAGGGAAAUGGUGUAUUUGGCUGAACAAGGUCUCGGUGGUCGAACACUAGAUCCCGCUUGGCAAGAGAUGCUUAAUCAUGCCACACAAAGAGUCAAUGAAGCUGAGAGAGAUAGGGGUUUGGCCGAAACCGAACACAGGAUUGCUUGUGUGAAACACGAAGCUGCUAAUGCUAAAGUACAAAGUUUACAAAAGGAGUUGAAACGGGCCAUUACAAAAAGCAGUUUAUCAAUUCGGAGAUCUUUAAUGCAAAUGAGUAAUCUUUUAUCUCAGCACGAAUUAUUGUUUUUACCUUAUUAUGAGAUGAAAGCUCAUUUCAACCAACUUCUCGAACAGCAAAAGGCCAAAGUACAUAACUUGGAGUCGCAAGUAUCCACCGCUAAGCUGUCCUAUUCGGACGCUUUGAAAAAUUUGGAGCAGAUUUCCGAUGAAAUCCAUCAGAAUAGGAGGAAAGUGUCUCUUCUCGCGGCUAACUUCGCCAGCGGAAAGCAGAGAAGUCUCGACUCUAAUGUUUCAUUGAUGGAGGACGCACAGGAGCUUAUAGAUGAUUUUAAAGGUCUUCCUCAAAGUUUAGGUGAUAGAUCUAGUCCGAUUGUUUCUAAAUGCGAUGAUGUUGAUGGCUAUCGAAACCCAGUAUUCAACGUGUCUCCUACAUCGACUUAUUCAAACAGUGAAAGAAAUGACCAAACGAGCAUUGCGCAAAGCCAAUCCAGCGAAUGGACUGAGAUUAAUUUGGACAGUUCGAGUCCGGAAGAAAAUUACCCGGAAAAGAAAAGCGGAUUCGAAUACAGCAAACCCCAUUUAACUCGACAGAAAACACUACCGAAUCCGAAGUUAGAAAACGAAUUUUCAACCAUCAAAAACAAGAUGAAGCUCGACAAUACCAUAACGAAUUGGAUCAGCAGAUCGUCGGUUAAAACCGAGGAAAUUCCGAUGAAUAGCAGUCGCCGACAGAGCCUCGACAAUCUUCUAGGCCCGACAAGUGAAAAAGUCAAAGAAAUAUUCUCCCAAGGUAUAAUGAUGUUAAACAUCGGUUCCCUCACCGAAAGAAGAAACAGCGAACCCAAACUGGGGCUUAUCGAAGACAGAAAUCGGAAUGGCAGUAUUAAAAAAAUUCCCAGUCCUUUAGAAAAAACCCUCACCUAUCUCGCAGUCGAAGACGACAAUUCCGAUACCGAAAGCGUAUCGAGUAGCGUCGAUAUGUUGAACGAGGACCAAAUAAGCUCGUUGAUGUUGGACCCUAACGUUGUUUGCGAACAAGUCUUGGGCACUCCGAUGGCUGAAGUUGUGUCCUUACCUUCGUUUGGAUCUAGUCAAUGAACGAAUCUAUUUCGCUUACUUCUAAACUCAGUGUGAUGGGAUAAAAAAUGUACCUAACUUCGUUGUCUUUCAUGGCGUUUCGAAUAUCGAAAGAAGCUAAAAAUAGGCAGUUUUAACUAGCUUAAUUACAUCGGCAAACUAUUUUUCCAUUUACUUAAAUAUUUUAGUUCCUAUAAUAAUUGCAAUCUAGUCAUUAAAUAGUAGAUGUUUAUUAUGGUUUUGUUUGAUGUGAAACGGGGAAAUAAUCUAUAAAAAGCUAAUUUCGUAGAGUUUAAGUUAGUAAUGUUCUGCCUUUAAAACUAGUACUAUGCAAUUAGUUCUGAUGAAUACUUACAUAUAUUAUCUAUAAAUCAGAAGUGAUAAAAAAUUAAUAAUGUGGACUAAAUAAUGUAGCUAUAAUCAACAAUUCUUAUGUGGUAAUUAUAUUAACAAGCAAUAAAUUAUGAGAUAAACAAUUUUUUGAAAUCGUAGUUAAAUGAAUUCAUAAUAUUGCUGCCUUUUAGUCCACAGUGAAUUGAGUAUAAUAAAAAGAAAUAUAUCUAUAACAAUUCGUGAAAGUGAUACAUACUUACCUCUUUUUUAAACGAGUAUCAGGCAAUACUAAUUUUAUUAACAUAGAAAUACUAAUAUUCCGGUUUGGUAAAAUUUAACUACUAAUUUAUUCUACAUAUCGAUUAAUUUCCUGAUACUUGUUUUACACCUAAGAAGCUUUCCUUGUAGAUCUAUGCAGUCACUGGUCUCUAAAGCAAUAUAAUCCGUGUUAUAACUUGUUAUGUAUUUAAGACUCAAUAAAAAAUGUAUUUCCAAUUA